CAACGUGAAAUUCACAAACACUGCGCUAGCGGUCCGAACCAGCGACCCGAACCCAAAACCCCUGCUUAAGUCUCCCGUCUUCUUUCUAGGUUCAUCUUCCUUCAUUUUCAAAGAUCUCGAAGAGCUUCUUCGAUCCGCCAGCAAUGGCGGCCUCAACUGAGAUCAAAGGAUCGGGCACGCUAAGGAACGCCUUUGGCGGAGUUCUCGGAUUCUUCAUCCUUCUUCUCAUCGGAGUUCUAGCCUUCUCGAUCCGUCUCUUUUCUGUUAUCAAGUAUGAGAGCGUGAUCCACGAGUUUGAUCCGUACUUCAAUUACAGAGUCACCCAGUUUCUGACGAAGUAUGGAAUAUAUGAUUUCUGGAACUGGUUUGAUGAUCGAACUUGGUAUCCUCUCGGCCGUGUGAUUGGUGGAACUGUUUACCCUGGGCUGACGUUAACUGCUGGUACUAUGUGGUGGAUACUUAAUUCUCUGAAUAUUCCUUUAUCUGUGGAGACAGUCUGUGUUUUUACCGCUCCCGUCUUUUCAGCAAAUGCAGCAUGGGCCACAUACCUCUUGACAAAAGAAGUUAAGGGCACAGGUGCUGGAUUAACUGCAGCUGCUCUUUUAGCCAUGGUACCUUCCUACAUCUCACGGUCUGUGGCUGGCAGCUAUGAUAAUGAAGCUGUAGCAAUUUUUGCUUUGAUCUUCACCUUUUAUCUUUAUAUAAAGACGUUGAACACAGGAUCACUCUUUUAUGCAACCCUAAAUGCUCUGGCAUACUUUUACAUGGUGUGCUCUUGGGGAGGCUACACGUUCAUCAUUAACCUUAUUCCAAUGCAUGUUCUCCUAUGUAUUGUAACUGGUCGCUACUCUUCGCGAUUAUAUAUUGCAUAUGCCCCUCUUGUUGUCUUGGGUACUCUUCUUGCCGCCUUGGUGCCCGUCGUUGGUUUUAAUGCAGUGAUGACCUCAGAGCAUUUUGCUUCUUUUUUGGUUUUCAUUAUUAUUCAUGUGGUUGCGCUUGUUUAUUAUAUCAAAGGGAUUCUGUCUCCAAAGAUGUUUAAAGUGGCCAUGACACUCGUUUUGACGUUAGGAACAGCUAUUUGUUUUGCAGUUUUAGCUAUUCUGGUUGCAUUAGUAGCUUCCAGCCCAACAAAAGGGUGGAGUGGUCGUAGCUUGAGUCUUCUUGAUCCAACAUAUGCAAGCAAGUAUAUACCCAUCAUUGCUAGUGUUAGUGAACAUCAGCCACCAACUUGGCCCUCUUAUUUCAUGGACAUCAACGUGUUAGCAUUCUUGGUUCCAGCUGGUAUCAUUGCAUGCUUUUUACCACUUUCUGAUGCCAGUUCAUUUGUAAUAUUGUAUAUUGUAACAUCAGUAUAUUUCUCUGGAGUAAUGGUGCGCCUCAUGCUUGUAUUGGCUCCAGCUGCAUGCAUUAUGUCUGGCAUUGCUCUUUCUGAAGCCUUUUCUGUAUUCACUCGAUCAAUUAAACUUCAGCUGCCUAAUUUAGUAGAAAAUCCUAUAUCUAAUGAAGGAGAUACUAAAGCCGAGAACCCUGUAGCACAAAAUGAUGUAGUUAAGGUGGAUAAGCAAGUUGCAGCUAAUAAAUCCGAAGAUGUCCCGAGAGAUAGGCCAUCAAAAAAGAACCGGAGAAAGGAUAAGGAAAAGGAGAAGGAGAUUGUAGAUAAGGUUCCUACCAAGACACGUAACGAGAAAAGGCUUCUUGUUUUGCCUCUAGAAGCAUCUGCUGUCGCUAUUAUUCUACUCAUCGUACUUGGGGGCUUCUAUGUGGUUCAUUGUGUAUGGGCAGCAGCAGAGGCUUAUUCUGCUCCUUCCAUUGUUCUGACAUCUCAAUCACAUGAUGGAUUGCAUGUAUUUGAUGAUUUCCGUGAAGCCUAUUCGUGGUUAAGUCAUAAUACUGAUGUAGAUGAUAAGGUGGCAUCUUGGUGGGACUAUGGAUAUCAAACAACGGCAAUGGCUAAUCGUACUGUCAUAGUUGAUAAUAAUACCUGGAACAAUACCCACAUUGCCACUGUAGGUACAGCAAUGUCUUCUCCUGAGAAGGCAGCUUGGGAGAUUUUCAACUCAUUGGAUGUGAAAUAUGUCCUUGUUGUCUUUGGAGGUCUUGUUGGCUACCCAAGUGAUGAUAUUAAUAAGUUCUUGUGGAUGGUUCGCAUUGGAGGUGGUGUAUUUCCCCACAUCAAGGAACCUGACUAUCUUAGGGAUGGCCAGUACCGUAUUGACUCCCAUGCAACCCCAACAAUGCUGAACUGCCUUAUGUACAAGCUCUCCUAUUACAGGUUCGUUGAGACAGAUGGCAAAGGUUUUGAUAGAGUGAGAAGGACAGAAAUAGGCAAGAAAUAUUUCAAGCUAACCCAUUUUGAGGAGGUAUUCACAACACAUCACUGGAUGGUUCGAAUCUACAAGUUGAAACCUCAAAGGAAUAGAAUACGUGGGAAGUUGAAGAAAUCUAAAUCAAAUUCCAAAGCAACUUCUACCGGCAGCCUAAAAAGAGAUGGAAGUAGAAAAAGAAAUCCAUGGCAGUGAAUCGAUUCUCACAUACGAAGCCCAUUAGUUUAAAAUAUGGGGGCUUGAGACUCCAAUAGGACCGGGGAUCAAAACUGACGUCUCAUAGUUUGCCUGUUCAAAAAUAACUAUUAUGUUGUCGAAGAUUUUUUGGAAUAUAUGUACAAUAUAUUAUGUCCCCCACGUUAGCUUUACAUCUACAAAGGGGCAUUUGUUAUGAAAUUUUGAAGAAGCUAUAGAGAAAUGAAGUGAAGCUACUAAAAAUGAGUUAUACAGUAAUUAGUUUGACUUUGAUGCCUCUGCAGUAAUUUGAUGAGGCCUGUUAUAUAGGAGCA